GGGAAGGAGACAGAAACCGGGAGGCAGACCAGAGCCGAGGCUGAAGGAGAGGCUGCAGGCGCCCCUCGGGGCCUGCGUCCCACCAUGUCGGUGGCUGUGGAGAUCUUCGGCUUCUUCAUGGCAGCCCUGGGGCUGCUGAUGCUGGGGGUGACCCUGCCGAACAGCUACUGGCGAGUGUCCACCGUCCACGGGAACGUCAUCACCACCAACACCAUCUUUGAGAACCUCUGGUAUAGCUGUGCCACCGACUCCCUGGGAGUCUACAACUGCUGGGAAUUCCCGUCCAUGCUGGCCCUCUCUGGGUACAUCCAGGCCUGCCGGGCGCUCAUGAUCACUGCCGUCCUCCUGGGCUUCCUUGGCCUCUUCCUAGGCAUGCUGGGGCUGCGCUGCACAAACAUUGGUGGCAUAGAGCUCUCCAGGAAGGCCAAGCUGGCGGCCACGGCAGGGGCCCUACACAUACUGGCUGGUGUCUGUGGGAUGGUGGCCAUCUCCUGGUACGCCUUCAACAUCACCCAGGACUUCUUCAACCCCUCCUAUCAAGGAACCAAGUACGAGCUGGGCCCCGCCCUCUACCUGGGCUGGAGCGCCUCCCUGCUCGCCAUCCUGGGCGGCGCCUGCCUCUGCGCCCACUGCUGCUGCGCCCCCAAAGAGGACCCCGCCGCCAGGGCCCGGCUUCCCUACAAGGCCUCCGCGCUGCGGUCCGCCAGCCUCUCCGCCCGCCUGUCCCCCGCGGCCGCGGAUGAAGACGACAGCAGCUUUGGCAAAUACGGCAAAAACGCUUACGUGUAGGAGGCCUGGCCUGUGGACCCCAUUCCCUUCCCACUGCCAGCAGCGGAGAGGGGUCUCCGGAGCCCCGGGCUGCAGGCGCCGGCCCACGCCCCUUGGCACAACCUCAGGGGCAAACCACGCCCCAGGCCCCGCCCCGUGCCCGGAAGCCACGCCCAACUGACCGCACCUCAGGUCCAGUCUCGGGUCGAUGCUCCGCCCGGGACACGCCGCCUUCGUCUGGCCAAGAACCCGCCUCCUGAGAACUCACCUCGGAGUCCUAAGGUCGGACCCGUCUUUCUUUAUCUUCUGAGCCUGGGAUCUGGGUGGUUAAGGGGCAGAGCUGUCCCCGAGUGUUUGUAAUCUAUAUAAAUACAUACAUAAAUAAAUUUGUAUUGUGAACUGUC